AUGAACAUAAAUAUCGAAACCAGAGUUCUUCGCCUCUGUAAUCAACGUUCUUCGUAGUCUUCCAACCAGAUUCUCAGCGGCUGACCCCUCAACAUGGCACCGAAGAAGGAUAAGGCUCCUCCUCCGUCCUCCAAGCCCGCUAAAUCUGGCGGAGGAAAGCAGAAGAAGAAGAAAUGGAGCAAGGGAAAGCAAAAGGAGAAGGUGAACAACAUGGUAUUGUUUGAUCAGGGAAGCUAUGACAAGCUUCUUUCAGAAGUUCCAAAAUACAAGCUUAUUACUCCUUCCAUCCUUUCAGACAGAUUAAGGAUCAAUGGAUCGUUGGCUCGUCGGGCGAUAAAGGAUUUAAUGGCGAGAGGCUCUAUUAGGCUCGUAUCUGCUCAUGCUAGCCAGCUAAUAUACACUAGAGCCACAAACACAUGAUCAAAGCGUUGGCGUUUGAAAGAGGAACAUCUUGUUAUUUUUGUGAGCUUCCUUUCAAGAACUAUCUAUGCUUUUGUAUCUUCUGCAUUCAUGGAACGCAUGCUGCUCUGAAAACUUCAUGAAUUAUUUGCACUGCUUAAUUUCUUAUCUAUGGAGUAACAAUUUCUCUGGAACUAGAAAUAGAAUGGUUUCAUGUUCCUUCA